AGUGGAGAAAACAGCAGAACAACAGCAAGUCAGCAAUGCUGAGGCCUUGAGCAUCUCAUCCAUAACAACAAAAAGUAAAGUAAAAUUCAGAGGAGAGAGCCAACCUCACAUGGAUGACAAAAAUUAAGCAGAGGAAAGCUGGCCCACCGACUCAAAGAUGUCCCUGACCCAUGAGAAGCGUUUGGAUUCUGAGGGUGGAAGUGGAACUGAACUAGUGUUAUCUGUUGUUCCAUGUAAGCCCCGGAGCUUUAAUGAAAAUGGAGCCAUGGUUGAGUUCUUAUACCACAGCAUGGAAGCCAAGUCUUCUGCCUUGAAGCAAGCAAUGGAGGUUCAAGCUAGUUUGCCAGCGGAAUCUCCUAGUUUUAUCAAGACUUUGGUAAGGUCAAAUGUUACUGGUGGCUAUUGGCUGCGUCUUCCAGCACAAUUCUGCAAAAUGCAUUUGCCAAGGCAUGAUAUAAUAGUUAUUUUGGAAGAUGAAAGUAGGGAAGAGUACAAAACAAAGUAUAUUGCAGAAAAUGCAGCAUUGAGUUCUGGAUGGAGAAGGUUUUCAAUUGCGCACAAAUUAUGCCAAGAUGAUGUUCUGGUUUUCCAAUUGGUUGGGACUUUCAAGUUCAAGGUGUACAUGGUGAGACUGAAUGGUUUAGCUGGAGUAGAUGGGCUUUUUGGCCCUCCAAAUUUAGAUGCUUGUGCAAGAGGAAAUGAUUAUGACAUGAAGAUCAAAAUUUACAAAGACACUACGUAUUUCAACCGUGUUAUGCAAGACAUUUUUGGAGAGACUAUUCAAAUAAACAACCUGAAGGAUUUAGAUACUACUACUAGUUUUGGGAAUGCAGCAAAUCAGUAUGAAAAUGGCAGGAAAAAUCUUGCCUCAGAUGUUCUGUGUGGUCUAAGACUUACAGGGUCAAUUGCUAAUUUUAAAGAAGUUAAUAGCAUCAGCAGUUUCACCAUACUUGUGAAUGGCGAAACCAUAGACUCCCAGUUCUCAGAUUACCAGAGGGUUAAGUAUUAUGAUCUCUGCUGUUCUCAGAAUUCAUUUCUGCAUGACAAUCUGCGCAAAAAUAUUAAUAGCAAGUUGGCUGCUGAAAUAAUUUCUGAGACUAUCAACAUUGUGGAUGCCAUUAGAGGUUGUGAACUUUUGACCCCUCUAGCUGAUUUUGAAGAUUGGGAUAAUACUUUGAAAGGCUUUGAGCUAUUGGGCAUGAAUGUUCAGUUCUUACAUGCUCGAGUGGCUCGGCUGAUGAGCAUUGCUAUGGAAGCAGCGGCAGUCAAGGACCCUCAGAGGAAAUCAAAAGUUAGACUAGAGCAAGCUCAUGCAGAAGAAGAAAUGGAUUUUCUCAAAUUGAAGCUCUCGAAAUUAAAGAAUACCAAAGAAAGACUUGACGAUGAGAUUGAGGCUUUGAAGGUGAAUGUGGUGAGGCAUGAGAUUGUGUUUCAAGAAGUAGUUAAUGCUCCAUGGUGAGAAGGUGCUUUUGAAGUUAUAUGUGUAUGUAUGGUUUUUUAGUGGAACUUGUUAGCUUAUGUCACAGGAAGAGAUUAACGAAUCCAAGCAAUGAGAGGUAUCUCUAAUGUCUCUA